AGCCCCGCGCGUAGCAGACAGCAUGGGCCACCAGCAGCUCUACUGGAGUCACCCCCGGAAAUUCGGCCAGGGCUCUCGCUCGUGCCGCGCGUGCUCCAACCGACACGGCCUCAUCCGCAAAUACGGCCCCAACAUGUGCCGGCAAUGUUUCCGUCAGUACGCCAAGGAUAUAGGCUUUAUUAAGCUGGACUAAGCGCCGAGAGGAUGAGGCUGUCGCCGGAAGCUGUUUGGGCCUCCCUGGCACAUCUGCACAUCUUGGCAUAGUUCUAAUUAAUAA